GUAAAUGGAGGUGAAGUUUGAGGUAUACCUCUCCAAUAAACUGUUAACAAAUUUAUCUUCACUGCUUAAUUUUUUUUAUUUCACUAUUAAUUGAAAACAUUGAUACUCAUUGAUACUUUCGCAUUUCCUAUCUUUUUCACAUAUUUCCUUGUUGAUUUUGCAAAUUUGGGUGCCAUUUUUUAACAUUCCAUGUAGAUCAUAAUGAAAAAAAAAAUCCAGAUUUUAUAGUAGUACCUAGGGGAUAAAUUCAAAUUCUACCAAUGACAUUUCGUAUCUCUAUUAUGGCACGUGUGUAACCUCCUUGAAGCUUGAAGCAUGAGCAGUUUACUACGCGAAGAACGUGACAAUUGUCAUCGUAAGAACGUAAUUUAUCGAGCACAACAAUUAGGAUUUAAAUUUAUUUAAAAUAUAAUCGGUUUAAUAUGAAAAUAUAAUCGGUGUUUUCUUUCUAAAUGUUUAUGUAAUUUUCACAUAAAAAUGAAUAUUAUAUGCGCUAUAUGUAAAGAUCAUUUGGUACAAUCAGAUGAAAUUUUUCAUACCCAAUGUGCACACGUAUUUCAUUUUCAAUGUUUGACACAGUGGCUCGAAAGAUCAAGCAGCUGCCCACAAUGCAGAGAUGAGGUGACACAAAGCAAAAUAUAUAGACUUUAUUUUACAUUUUCAAAUAAUGAGCCUGCCGAACCUCAAACUUGCUCUACAAAAGAAAGAAUAGAUACUUUAAAGUUUAAAAUCCUGCUGAAAGAGAAAGACAUUCAGUAUUAUACUUCGAAAACUAUUACUUUGGAGAAACAGAAUGCUGGUCUUAAACAAGAGGUUCGAAAAGUAGAAAGCGAGAUUAGUAAACAAAAUUCAAUAAUAUAUGAACUAAGAGAGGAAAUGAAGUAUUGUGAUGAACUAAAAAAAGAAAUUGCUCACCUAAAAAGUAAAAUUGAAGACCUCGAACCGAUAGAAACAUUAUUACGUGGACCUCUCUGCAAUGUUAAUAAGAUGAUUGAAAAUACUAAAGAUCCUGAAGUACUCACUAAAUAUAUUUCUGUUAUGAAGAAAGAGUUAAUUGCAAGUUUUGAAAAACGUAAAGAUUUACGCACAAUUGUUAAGAGGCUUCGAAGAGAACUUGCUAAUGUUAAUACAAAGUAUAGUUCUAUGUCUGUGAAAGAGCAAUCGAAUCAAAUGGAAUUAGAAGAAAAACUAGCAUUUGCAGAAAGCAAAUGUAUGUCUUUACAAAAACGAGUUGAUGAAUUAGAGGAAGUACUCGGUCUUAACGAAAAAUGUAGCAAUGUAUCAGAACAUCGAAAUCCGGUGGUUUCUAAUAAAUCUGAUGAACAUAGUCCAGUUGAAAAGAUGUCAAAAGAAGAAAAAAUUAAUCAAGAAACAUUAAGGAAAACUCUUACACCCACUAAGCGAAAAAUGGAACAGAUACCUAUAUGCAGUACAAAAAAUACCAAAGACAAUCUAUCCAAUUUUGAAUCGAGCAAUGAUUCCAUUGAGUCGAGUCUUCUGAAUUAUAGUUCAUCCAGUAGUUCAUUAUCCAUGCCUAAAAAAUCCAGAUCAUCCAGUGACAAUAUGAAUACUUCAAGCAGAAAUGAUAACACCAAAUUAAAAACGUAUUCUAUACCAAAGAAAAGAAGGGAGAACAUUACAAGAAAGACAACAUCUUUUAUAGAAAACAAACAAAAUAAGAAUAUAAUUGAUUUAACAUAAAAAGUUCCUACAAACAUUAUAUGCUUACUUUUUUUUAUUUUUUUAUUAUUUACGAUUCAGAUAUAUAUACACUAUAUUCUGUAAUCAAUCAACCAUGAGCAAAGUUGUGUUCAAAUAAUAAUUAAUAAUUGCAAAUCAAUUAUUUAUCUUCUUUUGAUAUUUGAAAUUUGUAUGUAGAUAAGAAUUUUGUCUUUCUCUGUUUACAAUAAUUAUGCCUGUGUUUUUUCGAUAAAUAAAAUAUUCUACUUUCGUA